AUGAAGUACACCCUCCUCAUUGCCACCAUGCUCACUGGAGCUUUGGCUCUGCCUACCCCUACCACACUUACUGGUGAAGCUCUUGAGAAGAAGCUUGAGAUCUUGAACGCCCCUGAGCCAUGGGAAAAGCGCGAAGGCAAGCUGGCUGUCCUCUCUGAUAUAUCAAAGCUAAUUUGCUCGUGUGAAGCGGCUACCAUUGAGUUGAUGGCACGUGACCCGCAGAAGGUCUCCAACCGCGAGGCCCAGAAGGUCUCCAACCGCGAGGCUGCUCCUCAGAAGGUCUCUAACCGCGAGGCUGCUCCCCAGAAGGUCUCUAACCGCGAGGCCCAGAAGGUCUCCAACCGCGAGGCCGCUCCUCAGAAGGUUUCUAACUGAAUCCUUAUCUUGAUGUACAGUCCACCAUCUUGAAGGCUGGAGAUGCCUUAACUAUUGGUUUACUAUCUAAGGCUUACGAUCUGAACGGAACUGUGAUGAGAUAUGACUAUCGGUGGAGGAAAUCUUACCUUUGGGGGAUAUGGCAUAUGGGUCCGACGAUGGGAAGGGGGAUAAGAAACUGGGGGGUAUGAUGUUGAUUGACUGGGUUUACACUGAAUACACACUCGUUUCCACCAACCAAAUGAGCUGAAGCGACCAAAUGAGCCGAAGUGAACUAAUCAAAGCUCUUUUCCAUUCCCGUAUUCAAGCUUCAAGGUACUAAUGUCGACAUCUUCAAUCGUCCGAGC